GGGGGGCCGCCGCGGGAGAUCCGCGCCGAGGGGCUCAGCUGUGAUUACCGCAUCCUCUUCGGCAAGGCCGAGGCGGACGAGAUCUUCCAGGAGCUGGAGAAGGAGGUGGAGUAUUUCGAAGAUGAGUUGACCAAACUGCAAGUAUAUGGCACGUGGCACAAGAUUCCCAGGAGGAAGGUCACCUAUGGAGACCCUGGCUUGUCCUACACUUACUCAGGGGUCACAUUCCACCCUAAACCGUGGAUCCCGGUGCUGACCCGGAUCCGGGAGCGCGUCACCUUGGAAACAGGGCACACCUUUAACUUCGUCCUUAUCAACAGGUACAAAGAUGGCCUGGACCACAUCGGGGAGCACCGGGACGACGAGAAGGAGCUGGUUCCUGGCAGCCCCAUCGCCUCGGUGUCCUUCGGAGCCUGCCGCGAUUUCGUGUUUCGGCGCCGGGGGAAGGGAGGGAUGGUGGGCACGGGCAGGAUCAGCCUGCAGCUGGCCCACGGCAGCCUGCUCCUCAUGAAACACCCCACCAACCUGCACUGGUACCACAGCCUGCCCCCACGCAGGAGGGUGCUGGCCCCCAGGGUCAACCUCACCUUCAGGAAAGUCCUGCCCAGCGCCAAGCAGGGGGAUGUUCAGCCACCUUUGGGAUCUGAAAAGUGAAGUUUUAGUUCCUGCUAAAACUGUGGAUUCCCCUGUGGGGAUGCAAGGGACUGGAGGAGCAAAUGGACUUUUGGUAAUUUUGCUGCUAAAGCCUGUGGGCACUCAUCUCAAUGGCAAGGUUUGUUCCUCUGGGAGAUGUUGCUCUUUUGCUCAUCCCCGUUUUUGCUGAUUGCAACCCUUGUUUUGUUCUCAGCUGAUCUUUAUCUAAGCAGUGUUCCAAGAAGGUGAAAAUACUCCACAGCCUGGAGGCAGCAGUUUAUGAACACUGGGAGCCACAAGCUGUGAUUGUUUAAAGCUGACACUACAGGUGAUGCUUUCUGUCAAUGAGCUCUGGUUUGCUUGGGGUUUUAAUUAAAAUAAAAAAUUAGUCUGA